AUGGCCCCACGAUUUAAGAGAGGCUCUAUUUCGAAGUCGAAACAGGGACAGAGUAAGACCCAGAGAGGCGAUGUUGCUGGCUCGAAGCAUGGAACGGCGGCCAAAUUUCCCCAACCAUGCGCGUAUUCGCCGGCGAGCAAUCUUGGAAAUGCUGAGCCCACGCCACCAUCACCAUCACCACCAGGAAGAAGCCCACUAGGCGUUAUACCAGGAGGGGGUACCUUGGAAGCGGCUGAAGAGCCCAAAUUAUAUUACCCCAAGGAGAAGGAAGCCACAGACAGAGGACCCGACUCAGCGCCGCUUCUGCCUAGAGGUUCCUCCUUGUCUGAGGUGACAUGGCAACCCUUUCGAGCGGUGAGAAAGGUGAGCUCCACGCCCAGGCUCCGAGAUGAUGAAAUUAGUUUCGGCCGGAAUCGCGCCGCCGCUCGGCAAAAUUCUUCUUGUGCGUCUAGUGUAGGGUCAGCGGAAACCCGUCAAGAAGAUUAUUGCCAGACCAUUCCUAAAUUAGAGGGAAUUAUCCUAGGAUCCCCUGACUUAAGCCUUACCAGCAAAGGAACAUGCGGCACGAGAGGCAGUGGCAAAGUAAUUGUACCUGAGAGGAAAGUUUCCAGUAUUCAGGGGUCAAUCGAAAUUGGAGAUGUUGAGGAGUGUAGCAGCAUAGUGACUCCUAAGCGAAGUCUAAGUGAAUACAACACUGAGGUCUCGUUGCCCGGCCAAAACCUUCAGCUUUCGUCACUCCAGCUACCCCCUCGCCCACCCACGCCAAUGGAGUUUAGACAACGUUCACUGUCCCAGGGAGCCAGCUCUCAAAGUUCUUUCUUCUCCCGUGGCAGAAGCAUCAUCAGAGCCAGAGGUGGAAGAAACCCCCGCAGGAGAUCAGCCAAGCGUGAUAUAUCAAGAGGUCAGAGGGUGCCUUUGUUUGUCCCACCUUCCAUUAGCUCACACCAAGAUCACUGCAUGGGGCCAAAGACCUCUCCCGACCAAAACUCCAACGUGUUGGAGCUAGAGCCUACAAUUGACUUUCCCAAAAUGGUUCCACAGAUCUUGUCAGGAGAAGCUCCUCAAAAUGAAAUACUUUCGCAGCUCAAGGACCUCACCGACAGCGUGGCAGACAUUAAAAUCGAGCAAAUGAGAAUCAACAAGCAACUUGAAGAUACCAACACUCAAUUGAAAAAAUUCUCAGAGGAGCUGCAGCUGGAGAAGGAUGCGAGAGUUAGAAACCUGGCAGCUUACGAAGAAACCAUCAACAGUCAUAUCACCCAGGCUGUGGGGGAGCUUAGUGAGGCAAUGGAAUCUGUUGCUGUUACAGUGGCGAAGAUCAGUGACAGUACAGCAAAUAUUGGCUCCAGAAAUUCAAAAGCUAGUGAAGGUCACGACCUCAAGUGGUCUGAUGCUGUGGAACAAGAGGCUAACGAUGCUUCUGUUUGUACACCGACUUCAACUCAUACAAUCCUUUCUGAUAAGUGCUUUUCUGGGCCGUCAACAACACACACCAGAGGGAAAAGUAUGGGGUGCGAUGUUGGUAAGGAGAAUUUUGGAAACCCAACUGGAAGGGGACGCUCCCAGACGAACCCUUCAACUGCCUCAUGGGACCAAGGUCAUCAACGAACCAGUGGUUGGAGUGGUCCACCACCAAAUCAGAAAAGGGGCUUAUGGAAACGCUAUCGUGGUGGAAUGAGUCGGCGUGGCAGCGCUAGGGGCAGCGGUGGUGGGAAAUAUGCGACGCCAAACUUUGACGGACAGCGACCGCUAGUACCCAUGGGUCUGCAAGAACUAACGCCUGCUGAUUCAUACACACAUUCCCAUAUGCAUGGCGGCUAUGAAGACCAGACCCACAUUCAUCCUGCCGCCAGCACUCCGGGUCCAUCUGCUACUCGUGGUCAAGCCUCUGGGCAACAAAAUCGAUUUCCUCCUCGUCAAUCUAGCAUGAGGCACAACCAUUCCUUCAUGCGUGGUGGAGCAGGGCCUUCAAGCCAUAACUGCAUGCCACAUCGUGAUUUUAGCCCCAAUUAUGGAUCACCUCUACCCCGAUGGGGCCAGGGACAGCCCCAGCCAACCUUUCACCAUUUCCAAGCAACCCAAAAUCCUGGCAACAACCCUCCAGGUGGGCAAUGGCCAGCUGCUAAUCCUGAGUUCAACAACCCAUAUAAACCAUGGGCGGGCGUUUCGAAUUGGUACCACCAGGUAAAUGCCCAGGGAAACAACAAUAUGCGCAGCCCACCAAGUUAA